GUUCGCCUUACCUCGAGCUCAACCUGAAGCCUAAGAACGCCAGCCAUUCUGUGUGAUUUACUUGCAAUGAUUGAUGCAUCCGUUUAUACCACAUCCCUGCUGAGCCGUUGACUACAUCACACGGCUGUCAUGGUUAUUUCAGUGGACGCCUCCAGAAAUAUUUUUCUCCUCUAAAUUCGGUUCGCACGCGCACGUCCCCUCUCACCGCGUGCGCUGCCUCGCGACCAGCGAGCGAGAGACGCGGCGCUUCCUCCCCGGUCGAACGGCGGCAGGAGGAUGGCACUGUGCUGGACGGCGUAUUUGUCCUCGGUGGUUUAUUAAGAUUUUAAUUAGCCGGUAACACACGUUUGACGUUUACGACAGACCGGCUUGGGAGCGACGCUAAACACACCGCUCCGAUUAUGGAAAAGGAGUGCAGGUUUGAGGACCUCUGAUCAUAUAGGCUUGCCUGGUGGCCAAUCAGGCAACAGCCAGGCUCACUAAGGAGGGAGACAUACAGUGAGACUGGGAGACGUUUUUUUUGAGCACACCAGCACUGCUUUACCCACCUCACGCCAACCUCAGCGUCAUGUCUAUCCCCAGCGGCAGCCCGGAAAGAGAGGGCUCUGGUGGGGCUCCCCCUCAGCUGGAGUGCCCUUCCUCCCCACCUGGCAUGGAUCCAGAUCCCUCAUCGAAUGGCAGCCCUGUGCUCAGCCCAGACUCCUCUUCCCACGAUGCAGUGCUGUCAGCACCUGCAGCCUCCCCAGCAGACUCCGAGAACUUGAGUCCUGAUGAAUUAGAGCUGCUAGCCAAACUGGAGGAGCAGAACAGGUUGCUGGAGGCUGAUUCCAAGUCCAUGCGGUCAAUGAGUGGCUCGCGACGCAACAGUGGCUCCUCGCUGGUCUCCAGCUCCUCGGCCUCCUCAAACCUGUCGCACCUGGAGGAAGACACGUGGAUCUUAUGGGGCCGCAUCGUCAACGAAUGGGAGGAGUGGAGACGCAAGAAGGACAAACUCCUGAAGGAGUUGAUCAGAAAGGGCAUUCCUCAUCAUUUCCGGGCCAUCGUGUGGCAGCUUCUGGGCAACGCCACAGACAUGCCGGUGAAGAACCAGUACUCUGAACUGCUGAAGAUGUCCUCCCCCUGUGAGAAGCUAAUCCGCAGAGAUAUCGCCCGCACCUACCCUGAGCACGAGUUCUUCAAAGGCCAGGACAGCCUCGGACAGGAGGUCCUCUUCAAUGUCAUGAAGGCGUACUCUCUGGUGGAUCGAGAGGUGGGCUACUGCCAGGGCAGCGCAUUCAUUGUUGGAUUGCUUCUAAUGCAGAUGCCAGAGGAGGAGGCCUUUUGUGUUUUUGUUCGUCUGAUGCAGGAGUAUCGCCUGAGGGAGCUCUUCAAGCCCAGCAUGGCAGAGCUCGGUCUCUGCAUCUACCAGUUUGAAUAUCUGCUACAGGAGCAGCUUCCAGAGCUGAAUGUCCAUUUCCGGUCCCAGAGUUUCCACACUUCCAUGUAUGCCUCAUCCUGGUUCCUCACGCUUUUUCUCACCUUUCUCCCUCUUCCUGUCGCCACACGCAUCUUUGAUAUUUUCAUGUAUGAGGGCCUAGAGAUUAUCUUCCGUGUAGGCCUGGCAAUCCUGCAGUACAACCAGACUGACCUCAUUCAGCUGGACAUGGAGGGCAUGUCACAGCAUUUCCAGAAGGUGAUCCCCCACCAGUUUGACAGCUGCCCAGACAAGCUGAUCCUCAGGGCCUACCAGGUCAAAUACAACCCCAAGAGGAUGAAGAAACUUGAGAAAGAAUACACCACCAUCAAGAACAAAGAAAUGGAGGAGCAAAUUGAAAUUAAGAGGCUACGCACAGAAAACAGGCUGCUGAAGCAGAGGAUCGAAACCUUGGAGAAGGAGAGUGCUGCUCUUGCAGACAGACUGAUACAGGGUCAGGUGACUAGGGCGCAGGAAGCAGAGGAGAACUAUGUGAUCAAGCGAGAGCUGGCGGUGGUGAGGCAGCAGUGCACCACAGCUAGCGAGAGCCUUGAGAAAGCACAGGACACCAUCCGAGAGCUACAACAACGGAGGUACACAGAGCAGUUUGUGAGCAAUCUGCAGACCGAGCUGGAGCAGUCGAGGCUCCGCGAGGCCGAACUGCUUGGAGCUCUGAAGGAAAUGCAAGACAAGGUGCUCGAUCUGGAAAAGAGGAGCAGUUGCCUGCCAGAUGAGAACAACUUGGCGACCCUGCAGGAAGAAGUGAAGCAAAUGAAGCUGAGGGAGCUGGAGACGCUGCGCUCAUUCAGGGAGAUGCAGGAGGCUGUCACUGAGCUGAACCAGCGCUGGCAGCAUCAUAUGUCCCGUAGCAGCAGCACUGGUGGUGGGGGCGGGCACUGGAAGGAAUCGCCGAAGAAGAACGCCAUGAAUGAGCUGCAGGACAAACUGAUGACGGUUAGGCUGAGGGAGGCUCAAGCCCAGGCGGAGCUCCGAGAGGUUAAACUUAAAGCCCUGCAGCUGGAGAGUCAGAACCAGAUCCACAGCAAACUGAUCGGACGCAACGAGCAGGAACGCUCUGCCCUGCAGGACCGACUCCAGAUGGUGGCCAAUCAGAACAAAGCUCUGCAGGCCCAGCUCAACGAGAUGAAGAGGAAGCAGGCCGAAUCAGACUGCAAGAGUAAAGAGGAGGUGAUGGCAGUGCGACUGAGGGAAGCUGACAGUAUGGCUGCGAUGGCUGAACUCAGGCAGAAGAUCGCUGAACUUGAGAUUCAGAAGGAGGAAGGGCUGAUCCAGGGCCAGCUGAACCACUCUGACUCCAGACAGUACAUCAACCAGCUCCGGGACCAGAUUGCCGAGCUCAAGAACGAGAUCAGGCAGCUGCGAGGACAGAAGGUGACCCCCAGCUCCAGGGUCACCAGUGGAGGGGGAAGUACCAACUACCAGGAUCUCUGCCUGGCCAGCCCCGCCUCCGCUGAGGGGGACUUCCUCAGCUCAGAUGAGGACCUCCUUCCCAGCCCACUGCCGGCCACCGCCCUUUACCCCAGUCUUUCUGGCCAAUGUCACCCGUCUCCACGCCUCGACAGCGAGGGCAGCACGGACAGCGAGGCAGAAGAGCGGGUGCAGACGCAUCCGGACCCACAGCAGCUUUAUGGCAGCAUUGUGUGCGCCGAGGCACUGGAUAACUGAGACCUCGGGAGGGUGCUGAGAUCCCCUAUGAUCUGAAGAGACGCUGGAACUGGGAUUGUAGUAUCCAGUCAAGUCCUCCUCCUCGGCCUCUCCAGUCUUUAUCUUUUACUUGAUGCAGACAUAGUGGCAUUGAUUGGACCUGUGCUGAUCAUCACUACCUGUUGUCUCUGCUCCUCGUUACUGUCUCCAACACCUGUUUCCCACACUGUCGCUCCCUGGCAAAGAGCUUACGUACAGCCUCCCUCCUCAUCCCCACGUGUAACUGUGCCACAGACUGUCAAAAUACACGUCUAUCAAAAACAUGAACAAAUCACAUACGAACAAAAUGUACCGCUCGCUGCUCAAAAUCUACCACUGGACCUGAAUCUGUGACUGUGGCCACGAGUGAAAGACGAGUACACACAGAAGGAAAAUCCUUCCUCCCUCUAAGCUGAGUAAGACAUAUGACGCACUGUAUACUCUGGCCACCCCUAUACGACUCUUCUCCCUGAUUAGUUCAGAGUUAAAUACAUCCUUAUCCUCCCCUUUCGCCCUCAUCCAUCUUCACUGCCUUUAAAAGAAACUUCUAGCCGCCACCUGUUCAUCUCUGUGUUUUAAAAAAAAAAAAAAAAAAAAGGAAAGACAAAAAGGAAAAAGAAAUUUAAGUGGUGAUGAUUAAACGAAGAAGUGGUCCGGAGCAGGAAUACGCACACAUCUGUAUCAAACUCUACAGGCAUAUCACGUAAAGGCAUUCCUAAAUGAACCCUUAGCAUACUGAGUACUUGUGCUGCCUGUGUGUGGCCUGCAGAAGGCAAGUGAGUUACACGCACAACCGUUCACGUUCACAGCAACCCACAAAAAGGCAGAAACUCAGUGUUGCCAAAUCUUUUUGUUUGGUUUUUUUAUGUGUUGUAAUUUAUUUUGAUAUUGUUUUUUUUUAUAUAUCUAUAUGAAACUUGUAGGAGUGUAGACAUACUGAAAGAGGCCAAACUUUCUACAACGUCCUUUGUGCCAACUAGAGUCAUCUGUCACGGGCUCACUGUGACACACGCCGAGUGCUUCAGAGACAGAAAAUGUGCUGCUAUGAUUUGACUUAUUUCCUCCAUUAUUGUAUUUUUUUGUUCUGUUAUUUUAUUUUAUUUUUGUCAGUCUUGUGAGGUUACCAUCCAACCUCAAGAUUAACUCUAUAUCAAUGUAGAUUACUACUUGGAGUAAUGUCUAAAAAAGCUGAAUGGUUUAACUUUCUCCCAGAAGCUUUUCAGCUUUUAGCACCAGACUCUGUUGGGAGUACUUCAACAUAUUGGCAAAUGCCUUUAUUCCCUGUCAGACUGAGACCGAGAUGAGACCACUCUGAUAUCUGUGUAAAGCUACAACUUGGAUGGAGUUGGCUGAUUUCAUGCACAGCUUUGUUUUUACACUUUUUUGUAUGGAUUCAAGUAAGACUGCGUAGAGUUUGACGGACACGUUAUAUUUGCUAUUAUGGACUAGUUAUCAGCAACUCGGCAUACUAAACCAAGUAGCUAAGGCUGUAGCUGCUAAUAAACUUUUGAGAGUGCUGAAAGUCAGACUUCUUUAUAUUUGGACAGCCCUGAGCUUAUGCUGUGCUAACCAGUUUCCAUUACUUAGCCUUCAUAUUCAAGACAGAAAUGAGAGUGAUCAAAUGAUUCCAGGAAACAAAGUAGAUAAACCCAAGUAAUCUGGCUCUUAUCGCUUUCUGACAGCUAAAAGUGUGGGCCAAUGACUGCAGAGGGUUGUUUCCUUGGCAAAGGUCAGUGUCUUCACGACAGGAGAGAGCAUGGGUAGAAAAACGUUUAACAUAUCAAACAACAUAUUCUAUUUAAAAAAAUGGCUGUAAAAUGAAUGGAAACAUAUGAAAUAUACUGUGUGACAGGAACAUAUAGAUGAUAUUUAAAGCUGUACUGGAGUGUGUAUAGUUUAUCAAACAGGGUGUUAUAUCUACAGAGCAGUGAUCUUUGCUUUUUGCACUACAGAGAAAGACACGCCCAGCUUUGUGGCGCUGAGCCGUGAGAGCUGGUGUGGAUUCGUGGAGUCGUGGUGGGAUCAUUUUUCAACAUGUGCAUUUCUUCAGAGGGACCUUAAAGAUAGUCUUUGUCUUGUGUUUCUUCACUCUAUUGACCAACUGUCUCUAAAUCCUUUAGAGGCUUUCUGCUUCAUAACAAAGCAUAUUUUAUGUAAUGCAAAUCUAAAAAGAGCAGAGCGUUAUUGCCAUCCUCUCAGAAAUUAAGUAAUUGGAUCUUCCAGUAAUGGCCUUCAAAGAACUAAAGAGGAUGUCAGUUUGCCCACCAUACUGUUGCAAGUAACAGCUUUUUAGUGGUCACUGAUGGUUGUGGCAACUGAAAUCUCUACCCUGGAAUCACUGCUAAGAUAUUGUCAAACCAAAAUGACCGUUGUACAAGCGUUUCAGUUUUACAAAUUUGCAUCUGCUCUGUUUAGUAUGAGAGUUGGACCCUUGUGUGUGUGGCCUGCAGAAGGCAAGUGAGUUACAUGACAUGAUAUUUUGCAUCAUGUCAGACUAAAUUUCAUGCAGAAGGUCAUAAUCAUCACGAUUUCUGGAUAUAUCGGGCCCCCUCUAUAGGGAUGCUUUGAUUUCAGUGCAUUUAUGUAAUGCAAUUAGCCCUUUUUUCAUUAUGGAAGACAUAAAAGGCCGUGCUGUAAAUGGGAAAAGAAACUCGAUCUAUUAGAGGCUUAAAAUGCGAGCAACCAUGAAUAAUUAGAUUUAUCAAGAAUCACACAGAGGCUAUAAUUUUCUCAAAUAAAUGCACGGAAUACCCUCAUUUUUAUGACUGCUUUUCAUGGUUUGAGGUUUAAACUGCACUCUUUUAAUACAUUAUCUUACUGCACAUUCAGGAGCAGUGUAAUAAUAUAAUUAGCUCCUAAAAAUAUUGGCUGAAAAUUAUCAUCAAUUUCCCUUUUUAUUGACGAUUUUCUGGACAUUUUGUGUCAAGUUUGCACCAUAUUUUGAGGAAAAUCUGUCUAUUUACUUUCUUCUUCAUUAAUGCAUUAAACAUACUUCAAACUAAACUUAAACCUAACCCACCACUAUUAAAACCUUUAGGAUUUGAGUACAGUUUGUAUUCCAGUCCAAAAGAACCCCAAGAAGAAAACACAUCAACUAAUUGAAGAAAGCUUGAAUUCAGGAACUUUCCAUAAUUAACCAAAAAUAUGGAUCAGUAAAUUAGGGUCCCUCAACACAUCUGUAAACAGCUGUUCAGUAACGGUGCUUCUGUUCUCACUUCUGUCUGAAUUCAGCUCUUACCUACUGUGAUGAAGCAUUUUGAUAUGUUUGUAAAUCAGUUUUGAAUACGGUUCUAGCCUUCAUCCUUCAUGUUGGUUUUUUAGAAUUCCCAUCCGUACUUUGGCUCGUCCCGCUAACAGCAUUACACAUGAUGAUGGUGAUUAAAUGUCACGAUGUGCCAUAAAAGUAGAGAGAUUUACACACUUUGUUGCUUUACGUCACACUGUGUUACUCCAGAUUCAUCAUCUUAAAACUGGAACAUCCGCCACGUUUUCCCUGAUUCGAAGCAGAAAAAGAAAUAAGAGGAGAAGAUUUUUCUCUUGUCAGAUGGUGUCAGUCUGGCCUAGAGUUUCUCAGAUUUAUGUACUGUAUGUGGCGACUGUUUGAGAUCCACAGCCGCAUCAUUCAUCAUCCAUCCUCUCUCUUUCUCUCUCUCUCUUGCAGUUCAGCUGAUGUUGUCAAAUAUAUUAAAUGACAGUAAAAAUUAUAUAAAAUUCCAGUAUGAUGGGGAAAAAUGCAUUUCAGUGUUCUGUAUCCUACGAAUGAUACAAAAUAAACUUUGACAUUGCACCUUU